AUGCGAAGAUGUUUUUCUCAUCCUGUGGCCCCGAUGAGCCGACCCGCAACAGAUGGACAAAAAAUCGGUGUAGGACUUACGACUGCUGGAUUCUUUUUUUUGUUACUUGGUAGUAUGUUAUUUUUUGAUGGACCUUUAUUAGCAUUAGGAAAUGUUCUUUUUCUUUCGGGAAUCACCUUGGUGAUUGGACCUAGGAAAACGUAUUAUUUUUUUGCAAGAUGGAAUAAGAUUCGUGGAACUGUAUGUUUUUUAGGUGGGAUCGUUUUAGUUUUCGUUAAAUAUCCUUUCUUUGGGAUCUUGAUUGAGAUGUUUGGAUUUCUGAAUCUAUUUGGAGAUUUCUUUCCUGUGGUUCUUUCAUUCUUACGGCAAGUUCCUAUGGUAGGAACGUUUCUAAGUUUACCUUACAUCAGAGGAUUGAAGAAUAAUAAGUCUGGAUCUCCUAGAGGAGAGAUGUUUGGUGAAGUUAAAGUGAGCAAAUUGGCAUAG